GAGGCCAUGCCCAUGGGGUCUCAGCAACCGCUGCUGGCUGCCCUGUACCUGCUGGGGGUGCUGGUCACUUCCUGCCUCGGAUGGCUUAACUGGUUGGACUCAGGGUCCCUGGUGAGACUAAGCGGCUCCAACUCAAUGUGCCAGGGCCAGCUGGAGGUCCAUCUCAGAGACACGUGGCACACAGUUGACAGCCGGAGCUGGGGCCUGAGCUCAGACCGCUGGAAGGACCUCAAGCAGGCCUCCAAGUUCUGCCAGAAGCUGAACUGUGGGGAAGCCUUGAACCUCGGCCACUUCCCUAACUUCAACAGUCCCCAGAACCAUAUCAUCUGCAAUGGACCACUGGGGUCCUUCAGCUGCAACUCCAGCAAGGCAAACCAGAGGGAACCUCUGGGCCUGAUCUGCUUAGAGCCACGGAAGACGACUCCUCCUCCCACAAGCCCACCGCCCACAACCACUCCGGAGCCCACAGCUCCCCCCAGGCUGCAGCUGGUGCCAGGGCCCAGGGGCCUGCGGUGCGCCGGCGUGGUGGAGUUCUACAGUGGCAGUCUGGGUGGUACCAUCAGCUACGAGGACCAAGACAGAACCCAGAACCUGGGGGACCUCAUCUGUGCGGCCCUCCAGUGUGGCUCCUUUCUGAAGCACCUGCCGGAGGCCGAGGCAGUGGGGACACAAGGGCCGGGGGAGAGCGAGCCCUUGCCAGUUCGAUGGAAGAUCCAGAAUGCAAGCUGCGCCUCCCUGGAGCAGUGCUUCCGAAAAGCCCAGCCCUGGGAGUGGGGCCAAGCCCUCGCCCUCGUCUGUUCUGAUUUCCAGCCCAAGGUGCAAAGCCGCCUGGUCGGGGGCAGUGGUGUGUGUACAGGCUCCGUGGAGGUGCGCCACGGCAAGCGGUGGGAAGCCCUGUGCGACAGCCCCACCACCAAGAGCACAGCGCGUUGGGAAGAGGUGUGCCAGGAGCAGCAGUGUGGCGACCUCCACUCCUACCGGGUGCUGGAAAGCGAGAAGACCUCCCGGGGGCUCUACUGCCCCCAGGAGAAGCUGUCCCAGUGCCACCACCUUCAGGAGAAAAAAGCCUACUGCAAGAGGGUGUCUGUCACAUGCCAGGAUCCAAACCCGGCGGGCCCGGGCGCAAGCACCGUGAUGAGCAUCAUCCUGGGCCUCGUGCUUCUUGCUGUGCUGCUGGUCAUGUGCGGUCCCCUCGCUUACAGGAAGCUGGUGAAGAAAUUUCGCCAGAAGAAGCAGCGCCAGUGGAUUGGGCCGACUGGAAUGAACCAGAACAUGUCUUUCCACCGCAACCAUACGGAGACCGUCCGCCGGUCCCAGGCUGAGAACCCCACAGCCUCCCACGUGGAGAAUGAGUACAGUCAGCCUCCCAGGAACUCCCGUGUCUCCACGUAUCCAGCUCUGGAAGGGGCCCUGCACCGUGUCUCCGCCCAGCCUGACAACUCCUCGGACAGUGACUACGAUCUGCACGGGGCUCAGAGGCUGUAGAAGAACCGGGAACCAGGAACGAACGUGGAGAGCCAGACCGUUGAUGCUGAGAACACGCUGCAUUCACCCCCUGGGAAGAACAUCCCGAUUUCCGCCCCGGCCAGAACACAGAUGGAGGCAAAGGGGCCUUUCAAACAUGGCCUACUGCCUUACAGUUGCAGGCCAGCUCUGACAUCCCCCCCUGGGAGCCUGGCCCAGUGAAGACCCCCAAAACAGCUCGGCUGGCCCCUCCAAGUAUGGGAGCCGUGAAAGGGCAAAGCCUACAAACAUGUGCAGCUCCCCCAAGCAGAGACACGUGGGGGCCUGGCCCCGGCAGCCUCCUCUCCCGUCUGUAGGAAGCAGCUCCCAGGAGGACUUGGCUCUCUCCUCAGAUUCGGACCCCAGUGAGGACUGACUGGGGGAGGGGGGGAAGGUGGGGGCUGAGUUCUCUAGCGUAUUUUUAG